CGACACUGAGUCGGGGAACGUUUCCAUUUCAUCAACUCCAUCCACUCCUUCUCCUCGCAACUUCUUUUCCUCACCAAAUCGGGACCAUCUGAUCCUAACGCUUCAUCCCCGCUUCACGCAACCUUUUCGCCCGCAAUGAGGCACUCUUUCGCCCUCCUGGGCCUCGCGGCGCUCGCGGUGGCCAGCGAUGUCCACGAUCUCACCAAGGACACCUUCGAUCCUUUCUUGAAAGACCAUCCCCUGGUCCUCGCAGAGUUCUUUGCCCCAUGGUGUGGACAUUGCAAGGCCCUCGCGCCUGAGUACGAAGAGGCGGCGACGACUUUGAAGGAGAAGGCAAUUCCGUUGGCCAAGAUCGACUGCACAGAGCAACAGGACCUUUGCCAACAACAGGGCAUCGAUGGCUACCCGACCCUGAGGGUCUUCCGUGGCGCCGAGAACAGCGCCCCUUACUCCGGCGCCCGGAAAGCACCCGCCAUCAUCUCCUAUAUGACCAAGCAGGCCCUCCCCGCCGUCUCCCUGCUCGAAUCCGCCACGGCUCUCGACGAGUUCAAGACUGCGGAUAAUGUGGUGCUCGUGGGCUUCUUUGGCGCCGAUGACAAGUCGAGCAAUGCCACCUACCUCGAAGUCGCCGAGAGCCUGAGGGACGACUACCUUUUCGCGGCCACAUCCGACGCCGCUCUGGCUAAGGCGGAGGGCGUGACGCCGCCUGCCGUCGUCCUGUACAAGAGCUUUGAUGAGGGGAAGGCUACUUUCGAAGAGAAGUUCGACACGGAUGCUCUCGCACACUUCGCGCGAACUGGGGCUACGCCGUUGAUCGGUGAAGUUGGCCCCGAGACUUAUGCUGGCUACAUGGCUUCCGGCAUUCCUCUCGCAUACAUCUUCUCCGAGUCCGCAGAGGAGCGCAAGUCUCUCGCCGAUCUCCUCCGACCCGUCGCCAAGCUCCACAAGGGCGUGGUCAACUUCGCCACCAUCGAUGCCCAGGCUUUCGGCCAACACGCUGGCAACCUGAACCUCGAAAUCGGCAAGUGGCCCGCUUUCGCCAUCCAGGACACCACCAAGAACCUUAAAUUCCCCUUCGCCCAAGCGGGUGAUGUCAAGGCACUCACGGAGAAGACCAUCGGCGCUUUCCUCACCGACUACGUCGCCGGCAAGGUCGAGCCCAGCAUCAAGAGCGAGCCCAUCCCCGAGAAGCAAGAAGGCCCCGUGACGGUGGUGGUGGCGAAGAACUACGACGAACUCGUCAUCAACAACGACAAGGACGUGCUGCUCGAAUUUUACGCCCCGUGGUGCGGACACUGCAAAGCGCUCGCGCCCAAGUACGAAGAGCUCGCGGCGCUGUACAAGAACCACGCGGACAAGGUUAUUGUCGCCAAAGUCGACGCCACGCUGAAUGACGUGCCCGAUGAAAUCGCCGGCUUCCCCACCAUCAAGCUCUUCCGCGCCAAGAACAAGAGCGAGCCCCUCGAGUACAGCGGCGGGCGCACCGUCGAGGACCUGGCCAACUUCAUCAAGGAGAACGGCAGCCAUGGUGUUGCGGCGCAGGUGCACGAUGACUCGGCGGAGGACUUGGAUACCGAUGCGAUGCCCAACCAGGCUCCUGCUGCCACCGAGACGGCGGAGACUGUGGGCGAGAAGAUUAAGGAGAAGGUUGUCGAGGCGGCGGAGGCUGCUAAGGAUGCCAUUGUCGAUUCUGAGGGCAUGGAUGACCAUGAUGAGCUUUAGAUGUUGAGCUCGUUGUGUGUUGGAGGUGGGAGGAUGUAUGGUAUUAUUUUCUUUCUUCUUUGCCUUUCCUUUCUCGUUUAGAUGCGUGGUUGGGUCGACCUGUUAUUUGGUCGACUACCUAACUGCCGAGAAAAUAGGGAGUUUGAGGCGUGUUUCCACCGUAUCUUACCUAUCCAAAUCGUUGUGUAGUUGUUCCGAGCACGUGACUGCCGACUUCCCGCUUUGGCGUGUCCUCAAACCUCAUCUGAUUGCCACGCUUGAGAC